AUGAGGAAGAGUCUGGAGAUCAAUGAAGAGGAACUAAAACAGAGACACAAUUAUACUUGCAUGGGUACUCACCUUGGUCUGGACAACAAGCUGGACAUGUUUAGCACAAAUUUUGAUUAUGAUCUAGAACCACCCAUUGUGGCAUUAGUGUCCUCUGUACUGGCAGUGAUCUUGGUGUGUCUUAGUGCAAUGACAAAAGCCAUCAUCAAAUGCAAGAGAAAACAUGCAGGCCCUCAUUCUCUUUUUGCAUUUGCGACCUACAUAAUAGGAGAGACAAAGUUUCCUGAGUUCAGUGUGGUGCUGAUGUUGGAUGAUGUGCAGGUGGGAUACUAUGAUAGAGCAAAUAUCCACCAGAAGCCACAAAACACAGACGAUUAUGGUGGAGAGCAGCAGGAUAUUACCACUGUAUUUGAAGAUAUUUACAAAAGUAUCACAAAUCGAGCAUCAGAACUGGGGCGCCAUUUUAACUUGACACAUGUGUCUUUCUUAGGAAUCCAUGUUCAUCAACGACUUGCAGGAUGUGAAUUAUCAGACAGUGAAAGUCCAGGGCAAAUUAAGUCAUGGGAUGCCUUUGAUGGCUUAACAAUAGUAAAACUUGGCUUCUCUAUGCAACAGAACGGUUUUGAUUCUGGUUCUGAUCUGAACAGAUUAGGUUGGGACUUCCAAAAACUAAGUCUUGUUAAACGCCUAUAUGCACAAAUUUACUACCCUAUUUGCAUAAAAACCUUAAAGAAGUAUCUUCACAUUGAGAAAAACAACGUGAUGAGGAAAGUGAAGCCCAGGGUCAGACUCCUGAAGAAAACACUAACAGACUCUGGAAUGGUUCAGGUGACCUGUCUGGCCACUGGUUUUUACCCCCGACACAUCAACUUGACCAUUCUCAGGGAUGGCCAACCUGUGCCUGAAGACCUUGUUACUGGAGGGAUGCUGCUACCUAAUGAUGAUGGAACCUACCAGAUGAGAAAGAGUCUGGAGGUCAAUGCAGAAGAACUCAGAAUGAGACACUACACCUGCUCAGCUACUCAUCUUAGUCUAGACAACAAACUGGACAUCAGCUUGGAAUAUGAUCUAGGACCACCCCUUGAGGUCAUAGUGUCCUCUGUACUGGCUGUGAUCCUGCUGUGUGUGAUUGCAAUUGUAGUAGCCAUUAUCAUGUGCAGGAGAAAGCAUGCAGGUUCUCAGUCAUCACUUCAGUCUAAAUACACAGCAGCUUCAAGCACAGAAGAACAAGAGACAUCUGCAGAUGCCACAUCUUGA